CACCGCCAGCGGUGCCGGGGAAGCAAAGUUUGGUGGCGCGAGGAUCACAGUCAGCUGCUGAGGCUUCUCCCAGAGCAGGGGUGGGGAUGCUGAGUCAUGGGUCUGUCACUGGUUCGCACCUCUCCGCGGCCCUCCGGGGGCCAAAGCAAAAGCGAAAGCGAAUGCAUCUGGCUGGGCUACUGGUCCCGGAGCUGCGCUCUCCACCUCGCCUGCGCCUGGGCAUCGCGGCAUCCCCCGCGCCUCUGGCCCGGGACGUGCCGGCGGGGCACUGCCAAGCCUGCUGCGAUGGUCCCGCGACAGCUCCGUUCAUUCCCGGCUCACGCCCUCCUGGCGCUGCUGCUGCCGCUGGCGGUGACGCUGGGCGUCACGUGUCCUACCCCCACAUCUGUUGAACAUGCAGUCAUCCGAGUCAAGAGUUACAAUUUGAGCUCCAGAGAGCGAUAUGUUUGUAAUUCUGGUUUCAAGCGUAAGGCUGGUACAUCCAGCCUGACCGAAUGUGUGUUUAACAAGACCACGAAGAUUGCCUACUGGACAACUCCCAAUCUCAAGUGCAUCAGAGACCCUUCCCUGGCUCACCAAAGGCCAGUGCCACCCUCCACAGUAGUGACGGCAAGGGUGACCCCACAGCCAGAGAGCCCUUCCCCUCCUGGAAAAGGGCCAGCCGUGUUCUCUCCCAAGUCAGACACCACAAUGGCCACAGGGACAGCUAUUGUUCCAGGCUCCUGGCUGAUGCUGUCCACAUCACCUUCUGCAGAAACCACAGGGAUAGGCAGUCAUGGACCCUCCCCAGCCCCAUCUCAAACAACAUCAAAGUUCUUGGAACCCACGCCCUCCAUCUCCCACGAAACAACAGGUGCUUAUCCACACAGUUCCAAAGAGGCCACUGUAGCCAUCUCCACAUCUGUCUCAUUGUUGGGUGUAGUAUCUGUAGUGCUCCUGCUGCUGUACUGCCUCAGAUUAAGGAGAACUUCUCAGCCACCUGCUGUUGAAAUGGAAACCACAGAAGCUAUACCAAUGACUGGGGGCACCAGUGGCAGGCACGAAGACACAGAAAACUACCCACUCAACCUCUGAAAUUCAAGGUGGCAGGGUACCAACCCAACUAAGUCUGAAGGAAAGGAGCCCCCUCUGUUUAGCCAAGGAGGAGACACACAGACUUGGGGGUGCUAAAAAAAAUCAACCAGGAUAACUGCCCGUCCCUGAUGUGAUCUGACGGUAUCUGACCUGAGUACAUCCCUGCAGGAGCCAGUAAUUUCCUGGUGGAUGCCACCCAUCCACCCACCUGCCUCAACUCAGGUACAAGGGCCAGCAUCCUAAAGCCCAGGCAGCAGAAGCUCCUCAAAAAUAGAAUAACUUCAAGCCAGUAUUUUUAUUACAUUAUGACAUUUAUUCAGACCACUUUUAUCAGCCUGUUUACCCAUGCCUUAACCUAAAUUGGAGUCCGUUAAGGCUGCCUGUUCCAUAAUGUUCUUUCUAACUUUGGACAUAUCCACAUGGAAGACCUGGACAUUUGAGCUCCUGAAAUUCUGUCAGCAGGCGCUGUACGCACAUUGAAACUGGACCAAGAAAAGUAGAAGACAUAUUGAGCCUACCGAGUCCUCUUGAUUUGAGGGUUUGGAAGAAAAAGAAAAACCUGAACUCAGUGAUGUUUCAUGUAUACAUGCACUUAUAUUUAUACUUCUAUUAUAUGUACAUGUUAUGUAUGAUUUGAAUUUUGAAAUUAUGUCUGUAUAAAUAAAAUAUCUAUUUUCAAUAGAAAAAAAGAAAUCAGUGAGACACACACACAAAGAGCAAGAAUGCGAAUUUGAAAUGAUUGUAGCACACUUUCUUCCAAACAAAACAAAACAAAACAAAACAAAAAACCCUUGCCCUAAAUUGGUUCAAUCACAGUUUGGGACUUUCUAACAAAAUUUCCCUAUGAG